CUAAAAGUCCAAACCACGUUUUUGUCUUACUAAUUUAAAUAAGCAAAAACAUGAAACAUUUUCUGCUAAUCAGUAGAUCAUAUGAACCAUGGUCCUUCCCCUCAUUCUACUCUCCCUCUUCACCUCUCUCUCCCUCUUCACCGAAUUCACCGCCGCGCUCGACGUGCUAUCUCCGCACCAGACACUUGCGGACGCUGCCGGCGGAGCGCUGGUUUCCGCGGAUGAAUCCUUCGAGUUAGGCUUCUUCUCUCCACCCAACUCUGGAAACCGUUACGUCGGAAUAUGGUUCAAGCAAGUCUCACUACAAACGCCCAUUUGGGUAGCAAACAAAGACAACCCAGUAACAGAUACGUCUGGUGUCCUCACAAUAAGCCCCACUGGCAACAUAAUCAUCACUUCCAACCAAACAAAUCUCAUUUGGUCCUCAAACUCAACAAUGUUAUCAGCCAGUCCUGUUUUGCAACUCCUAGACAUUGGAAACCUUGUUGUGGUCAAUAGCAAUACAGGGAGUUAUUUAUGGCAAAGCUUCGAUCACCCGUGCGAUACGUUAGUACCCGGCAUGAAACUGGGAUGGGAUAUUUCCAAAAACCAAGAGUGGUACUUAACGUCGUGGAAUAGUUUGCAAGAUCCAUCCAAGGGCGAUUAUACGUACAGGGUUGACCCCCGGGGUCUCCCCCAACUAGUACUUCGCCAAGGAUCAACGAUCGCUUACCGAAGUGGACCAUGGGACGGGGUUCGCUUCGGUGGAAGUCUUCCACUAACUCCAAUGAUAGAGAACACUGUCUUCAGUCCUAAUUUCGUAUACAACACAACUUUUGUCUACUACUCGUUUGUUAACAUUGAUGAUACUAUCAUUUCAAGGUUUGUGGUGAACCAAACAGGAUUAAUUGAGCACCUCACAUGGAACCAGGGUAGCGGCGAGUGGGUAGAUAUAGCAACACUGCAAGCGGAUUCAUGUGAUACGUAUGAUCUUUGUGGACCUUAUGCGAUUUGCAACAUAAACGAAAUACCAAUUUGUCAUUGCAUGGAUGGGUUUGUACCAAAAGUUCCAGUGGAGUGGAAUAGGUUGGAUUGGUCAGGUGGGUGUGUGGCAAAGACAGAGUUGAAUUGUACGGUGGCCGCGGGGUUUAGGAGGUUUUCCAGGCUGAAAUUGCCGGACACGUCCUACUUUUUGGGGAAUAGGACAGAGAUAAGUCGGGUGGAUUGCGAAGAGGCUUGUUUGAAGAAUUGUUCUUGUUUGGGUUUUGCUCAAACUGAUAUUAGUGGGUGUGUGGUUUGGUCUGGGGAGUUGCUUGAUAUGAGAGAAUAUCAUGAAGGCGGACAGGAUUUGUACGUUCGGCUGGCUGCUUUUGAGCUCGGCUCCAAUAAGACCACACCAAGGGCGUUGAUCCCAUCAGUAACGGUCAUUUCAGUGGUUCUUGCACUGGGUUUAAUCAGCUGGUGUGUAAUUAUUAAGAAGCGGAGGCGAAUUACUGCUCAAAGGAGAGCUCAGAGACUGGAGACUGCAAGCCAACAGGUCCAAGAAAACACCCGAAGUACUGCAGAGGAGGACCUAGAACUACCUUUAUUUGAUUUGGCCACCAUUUCAACAGCCACUAAUAAUUUCUCCUAUGAAAAUAAGAUCGGGGAAGGUGGAUUUGGUCCCGUUUAUAAGGGUCAACUCUUAAGUGGACAAGAAGUAGCGGUGAAGAGACUAGCCAAGACUUCAAGGCAAGGUGUCAAAGAGUUCAAGAAUGAGUUUAUCUUCAUUGCGAAGCUACAACAUCGGAAUCUGGUCAGGCUGUUGGGAUGUUGCAUUCAUGAAGAAGAACGGAUGUUGAUAUAUGAGUACAUGCAAAAAAGAAGUUUAGAGUUACACAUAUUCAAUCAAACAAGUUGUAGAUCACUGGAUUGGCAAAAACGCUUUGACAUUAUAGUGGGGAUUGCUCGAGGACUUCUCUAUCUUCAUCGGGAUUCAAGAUUGAGAAUAAUUCACAGGGAUCUGAAAGCUAGCAAUAUUUUGCUGGACAACGACAUGAAUCCUAAAAUUUCAGACUUUGGAUUGGCGAGAAUGUUUGGAGAUGAUCAGUCUGAAGAAAAUACAAAUAGGGUUCUUGGAACUUAUGGAUAUAUGUCUCCAGAAUAUGCCAUAGACGGGCUCUUCUCUGUGAAAUCUGAUGUUUUUAGCUUCGGUGUACUGGUUUUGGAGAUUGUGAGUGGAAAGAAGAACAGAGGAUUUUACCAUCCCGAUCAUGACCUCAACCUUUUGGGACAUGCAUGGAAACUAUGGAAUGAAGGAAAACCCAUGAAUCUAGCAGAUUCUUUGAUGGAGAGUCCGAUUCCCACACCAGAAGUGGUAAAAUGUAUCCAAAUGGCCCUUUUGUGUGUGCAAAAUCGUCCUGAAGACAGGCCGCCGAUGUCAGCUGUUUUGUUAAUGUUAGAUAGUGAAAACGCAAUCCUUCCACCUCCUAAACAACCUGGGUUUUACACAGAAAGGUUUACUCCCGAGACGGAUUCUUCGUCAACUGGUAUAUAUCUUCUCGCUUCAAAUGAAGUAACAAUGUCAGCACUUCAUGGUAGAUAGAUGGGAUUGUUGUCCUAAAACCUUGUGAAGAAACUUUUGCAGAAAUUAUAUUGUUCUUCAGUAGUGUCAGUUUUGCU